CAGCCACCCAUGCAGAGGAGAGGGGCGGCGUGAGGGGCGUCGUGCGAUUCUAUCUGCGUCCGCUCAUUGUCCUGCGGGCUGACACGGCGUCGCUUCACAAGUCUGGUCACUCCGUGUCCGCCGACCUCUUGCCAAUCGCUCCUUCGCGCUAAAAAGCACGGCGCGCCGCUGCCGUUAUCCGUACGUACGCGUAGCUUAGGGGCUUGCAACACCGCCCUGGAAGCGGCCUCGUACAGACGCACACGUCCACGACACGGUGCCACCGCCCGGUCCCAUGUCGCGAUAACUGCCUGUCCGCUGUCUGUCCUUUCUGCGCCGUCCCCGGCCGCCAUGCCUGUCCAACGAACUCUCUUCGGCCAGCCGCUUGCGCUGCGCCUGCCUCCGCGCCGCUUCCAGUUGCUCGUCGUCUUCGUCAUCCUGUUCAUAGCCACCAUAUACGCAUUUGGCGCGCCUUCUGCAGACCGCAUCCCUACAUACGAGCAAGUCAAAGACGCCGUCAAAGACCCGCAUUUGCCUGAUCUGCCCGAUCUUUCCGACAUCAAGGACCACAUUCCAAAGCUGCCCACCGAGCUGCCGCAGCUUCCAAAACUCCCCAACAUUGGCGACCUACCGGUCCCAGACAUCUUCAGCCCGCCUGCUCACAAGCCGCCGGAACAAGCGAACAGCACUGCGUCCAGCUCCUACGGUGCCAUCAAGUGGCUCACCGACUUCAAGUGGCACACUUUCUUCUCCAAAGAAGUUGCUCUCGACGAGAGCCGCGUCGUGCUUCCGCCGCUUGCGAAUCGCCCACCCAUAUACACCUACUACGAGCCCAAGUCGAAGCAGGACAAGAAGGUGACAGAGGCAGAGAACAGACUGAUUCUGGCAUGGCGACGGGCAUGGUGGGCGCAGGGCUUCAAGCCAAUCGUGCUCAACCACAAAGACGCCAUGGGGCCGCAAUAUGAAAUGGUGCAGCGCAUGAAGCUCGAACCGAGCAUGGAGCUGGAGCUCUUUCGAUGGCUUGCGUGGGCGAAGCAGGGCGGCGGCAUCCUCGCCAAUUGGUUGACCUUGCCAAUGGCGCAAUUCGACAAUCCCAUGAUCAGCUUCCUCAGGCGCAAUGAAUUUCCAAAACUGUCUCGCGUGGAGUCACUGCAAAACGGUAUCUUCUUCGGCGAUUCUGCUGCUGUUGACGAAGCGAUCCAACAAGCCAUCAACAACAAACUUCUCCAGGAUGUUCCAGCGAACAAGGACAAGAUUGCGAAGUUGGCUGUACAAGAUGGAGGCAUGGUAGUCAACCUACUUUCGGCUGACGUUGCGGUGGACAAGAAAGCAAAUGGAUUGGCAUACUACAACCAGGACGUUGUUAACAACAAGUACAAGACCGUCCGGGAUAAACUCUCAAACACUACCCAGGUGGAAGGCCUCGAGCUACUUGCUGACCUGAUCAACUCGCACUUGCACCUGACUUUCCAGGAAACACAUCCGGAUGGCAUCGCCAUCGUCAAACCGCUUCCGGAACACACGACCGCCCUGACGUACACGGCUAUUGAGAUUGGGCGUAACCUCACCCAAUGCCCGAGCUCUCCGAUGCCCCAGUCCUGCCCGCCAAACCGCCAGAAGUGCAAGCCGUGCGACCCGAACAAGCCCUUCCCCUUCAAGCUUGUUCCUGGUUUCAAGAACGCCACCAAGCAAUACUCCAUCGGCAGUGUACCCCACCCGUACACCCUAGCCUCGCUGCACUACACACGCGAAGACAUCGACGCGAAGUUCCUCACCGAUGAGGCAGAACGCGACCUCUGGCUCACAGCUCUCACCAAGGAACUCCUCGGCCCCGGCCACAGUGCGCUCUACCGUGUUCUCUUUUUCAAAGAAGAGGUCGCCUCCCUCCGAAAAGCCUCGCAUUCGCUCUGGCUCACCGCAGAGCGCACCACCCAAGCAGACCUUGAAUGGAUCUUCGGCUUCAAUCUCCCGCAGUCCGCUUCCCCUAACAAGGAACCCAGCUCCCCUUCCAAGGAUUCCGAACUCAUCAUCUUCCCACGCCCCGCCGAGCCCAAGGCCAUCGAGGGUGUGGGAGAGCAGGAAGAGCGCUGGAUCAGGAAGGAAGAGGAGAGGCUGAAGAAGGCGCGAGAAGUACUGUCGCAAUCUCACAAGGCGAAGAAGGACGAUCCCGUGCGUGGCAAAGUCAAGGAAGUGGAAGACUGGAGUUUGGCGGACACUGAAGCGUGGCGGUUCGCGCGGGCGUUUUCGGCGAGGAGAAGGAAUGAGAGGAAGGAUUGGGAAGACCAGGAAGAGAAGUUCUCUGGAAGCGAGAGGAAGGCAGGCGUCAAGGCGGGCGGUGGCAGGUGGAGUGAUCGGUUUAGAUAAUGUGUAUAAGAGUUGGCUAAGUUGGUAUAGAUCUUGUGGUCUUUUGGGGGCAUGGCGUAAGGCGUUGAUGGGCAUUUGAAAAGCGUGCGGCGCGAGCUUGGAGAGCUGUAGGAUAUCAAAUAGACGGCUUGGUCACCAGACAGCGGAAGAUCUGUAGUAGCAAGUAAUUCACUACAUCACUA